AAUCAGUGCUCCCAAUGUUCGAAGUCUCGAAGACUUUGGUUGAGGCAUUCCGAGGUCCUCCAAAUCGUCUUCCAAGUGGCUGCAACAUGCAUCGAUUUACCCACCCACCAUUUCGUGACAGAACGAAAUCGAACCCAUGAAAUCGACUCUCCUCCCACCAACAACUCAUAUGACUUCAUUAUCCUGCCCUCCACCACCAGUGUCGCCCAAUAACUUACCAGUGGAGGAAAAAAAAAAUCAAGUUUUGCGUUGUGGGAAGUUGUGGUUCGGCUCGAGGUACGAGAUCCGUAGGGCAAUUCGCAUAUUCAGGGACAGAACGGAUCGCGACCCCUCACCCCAGCCUCCUUUUAUUGUCUGUCCGUUUUCUGGAACCACCGAGACGGAGGUAGAACGAGGGAACGAGGCAACGAGGCCAGGCUUAAUUAAGAAGGCCGAAGAAACCGUUCGUCGACAGGUUCAGGCUUGUCCUGCAGGAACAGGGGCUUAUCUGGAGCCCCAAGCCCUGACCUCUGUCAGUUAAAAUGACGACGGAAACUGACGAAAAGAAGCACUG